AUGCAAGUUCAAACAGGUUAUUUGAACAAAGUGGAUGGUUCAUCCCACUAUGAGAACAAGUCCGUCAAAGUGAUAUGUUCAGUAACGGGUCCAAUCGAGCCUAAAGCUCGUCAAGAACUACCAACACAGUUGGCUCUGGAAGUCACAGUUCGUCCCGCUAUCGGUGUACCAACAACUAGAGAAAUCACUUUACAAGACAAAAUUCGUGGUGUCAUAAGCCCCAUUAUUUGUCGUUAUAAAUAUCCAAGGCAGCUGUGCCAAAUAACGCUACAAAUUUUAGAGUCCGGUGAAGAGGAAACUUUAUUUAAUGUUAAAGAACUUAUUGGCUGCAUUAACUCGACCGUAUUCGCUCUCAUUGACGCUGCUAUUGCCAUAAACAGUAUUGCCGUGGGCGUUUCCAUGGCAGUAAUGGGAGAUGGAACUUUUAUCGUGGAUCCAAGCAACGAACAAUUGAAGAAAUCUGUCUCUACUCACGCUUUGGUUUUCCAACUAGUAGACGGUUCAAAAGUUGUAGAAAACGUGCUGCUGUUAGACAGUUUUGGAAAUUUUGAUGAAUCGACCCUAUUUGAAGUGUUAGAGUACGGUGAGAAACACGCUCUAUCAUUAGCGAAAGAUUUCAGGAAAACUAUAGAAACCAAAAUAAAAAAAGACUUGUUCAUGUAA